AAUGUCAUUUGUAUGUAGUAAUUUUUAGGUUAUACGUAACAACUGCAUUUUACACAAUUUUGAAUAGAAAUAAAUAAAAAUGCGCAUAACGCAAGUGUUGAACAGACAACAUAUUGGUUUUAUGUUUAAGAAGCAUUGGAAAAUACAGGGAAAUCGCAUUCCUAUCGAGAGUGGCGUUGCAGAAAAGUUGAAAGCCAAAGGUAUUCCUGUUGUAGAUGCUCUAGAGUUUGUGAAGGAAAAGCCCGAGCAUACAGAACGCAUUGAAAUAGUAGGUCAGUACGAAACACCACUACCACUCGACGUUAACCAUCCUGACUAUAAAGAGAGACCUUGUUACACCCUUAAGAGCAACAGUGUACUACUCGAAGGUGUUUCACAAGCUCAAGUUCUUACUAAAACAAUCAUAGCAGAGGAUAUACUCCCAUCAAAAAUUGAAGAACUUGCAACAGUGCCCGCCCCAAAAGCUUUGCACGAAUGCGUAAAAAAAGCGAUAUUAUCUGCAAACGUGUUUGAUUGUGAACAAGAGAAGUUGCCUAAAAUUACGGACCCUGAAAGGCCAGCUGUUAAUUUCCCAAGAAUAUUGGGAAUUACAGACAGGAGACGAAACCUCAUCUUGACCAACAAACUGCUUCAACUUGUGGAACGCAGCAGCGACUCUGAAGUCACACAGACAAAAUAUGUGUCAAACGAUGUCGAGAGCCACACAACCUUCGAUAAGGAGGAUGAACUCAUCCAAUUCCAAGACCUGUCACAUAUACUAGUCACGAGCAAUAAGCCUCUAAAACAUGAGGUUGCUGGGAGUGAUAUACCACAUGUUGAAAUACCUGACUUGUAUCCUGUCAAACAUACUGCCACUCUGCCUGCAGAACAUUUUUAUUCUGAGAAGAGUUUAUAUCCAUUCAAACCUACUGUACCCGUCAAGCACCCGCACACGACAUGGCUCCAUUUCAACAAGACAGAAGUGCACAACAUCUAUGAGACACCUGUCACUCCUAACCAGGUCUUAGGCAGGUCACUCACGCACGCCUUCACGGUAGCCACUGCCUACGCCAAACAACUUCAUGGGGAGAACGUAAAGGAUUUACCUGAACCAGUAUAUGUCAACUGCAUCCAAACUGAUGGGCAACUAUACCAUUUCGGGGUGUUUGAACUGAACACCUUAAAUGUUGAUGGAAAGGAAGGAAUAAAAAAUAUAUGGUACUGCAAGAACAACAUCAAGUUGUAUGACUCGAGCCGCUACUUCAGUGGGAUGCCGGUUUUAGAAAAUUAUAACCCUAAAAUAUACGGAUAUAUCAACGCCUUCUAUAACUGUUAAGAUAUUGUAGUUUCUGUAGCAAAUAAUAAUGGUAGGACUUA